AGGUAAGGCAGACACACUCAACUGAGCAUCUGCUGAGAACAACAAUAACAAGAGGCUGCGAGACAAACUUUCAACUGCCACCAUGAAGGCCACACUUGCCACCGUCGCUCUCUUCGUCCUUGCUCUCAGCCUGACCUGCGAGGCGGUGCAAGUUGAAGAAAAUGGAUUGUCCUUCUCCCUGGAAGCCAUCAAGAGGCUUAAAGAGCUGAUGGAGAGCAGAACCGUGGCCAUGACAGGACAGCACAGCCCCCGGCUGAAGUCGAGCACCAUGUCCAUGUGUAUGGAGCCCAUGCUCCCGCAGGAGCUCCUGACGCUCUGCAAGCAGAGAGGCGCAUCUGCAUCCUUUCUCAGAUUAGCUGCGGUUCCUCUUGACGUCUGUGAGAUCUGCGCGUUUGCUGCCUGCACUGGUUGCUAAGUGCACACCGGAAGCCAGAAACACCUUUUGGGCUUAAGACCGGUGAUUUUUCGGUUGUUGUUUUUUUUUUCGUUUUUCAUCCCCCUUCAAAACUUUUUCCAGCAAAUGCUAAGACAUGUUUAACCGCAGAGAUGAGGUGAUGAUUUUAUACCUCGUGCCUAAAUAUCCAAAACCAAAAAUGAAGGCAUGUUUAGCAAACUGUUACUUUGAACCAUUUCUACCCUCUUAUUUUUCUGCAGACAGCUUUUUACCAUUCAUAUUAUUUCUGGAUUUUAUGAUGUUUGUUACAUUUUUCUUACCUUGCUUUAUUAUUUAAAGAUAUGUAUUCUUUUCUACUUUUCUUCUUUUUUACUAUUAUUUUAAAUAAAAGUCAUCACUCAUAAA